ACAACUUUGCAUGCGCACUGACACAUGGCUGACACUGACGUUUAAAGGAUAAAAAUCCAUUUUGCAAGUUUUUUAAUUGUUCUCUAUUUUCUUCUAUAUAGUGAGUUUUUUUACCAUCAGAAUAGGAAAAACCAUUGGAAAAACCCAAUUAUGUUGCCUUUAGUGUUUUUCAGUGAUCCAAAAAUUAUUUUGUGACUGUCCUGGCCGAAUUGUGUUUGUUUUGAAUUGAGGAAAUCCUCCAGAUAAUAUACAGAACUAGUCUCUGGUCUCAAAUAAUGACGUCGACAGUGGCCUCCGUAGCCGCAGCUUUCGUAGGUAACCUGACCAGCACAGUAGCAGUAGUAGCAGCGGCAUCAGAAUCCGAUCAGGUCCACUCAAAACCCUCAGAACCGAUUUUCCUGCAAACAAAACUUACUCAAGCGGUGGCCGGAUUUUUUGUUUGGGCCGCCUUGUUCGUUACCUGUUCACAGAUCUAUCAUCAUCUAAGAUGGUACACAAACCCAGCAGAACAAAGAUGGAUAGUUCGAAUUCUAUUUAUCGUACCAAUAUACGCCACUUAUUCGUGGAUAAGCUUGUUGUUUUUCAACUCUGAAAGCUACUAUGUCUACUUUUUCACUGUCAGAGAUUGUUAUGAAGCCUUUGUAAUCUACAAUUUCUUGUCGCUGUGCUAUGAGUAUCUAGGAGGGGAGGGUAACAUAAUGUCCGAAAUACGCGGCAAACCAAUAAGGUCCAGCUGCAUGUUUGGCACUUGCUGUUUGCAAGGCAAAACGUACACAAUUGGGUUUUUGAGGUUUUGCAAACAAGCUACUCUACAAUUUUGCUUGAUCAAACCUCUGAUGGCUUUCGUUAUUAUAUUUUUACAAUCGUUUGGACAUUACCAUGAUGGUGAUUGGAGUCCUGACGGUGGUUACAUUUACAUCACAAUAAUCUACAAUAUAUCUGUGUCGCUUGCCUUAUACGGACUGUUCCUGUUCUAUUUCGCUACGCGGGACCUUUUGACUCCGUUCGAGCCUGUACUUAAAUUUUGCACAGUCAAAUCUGUCAUUUUCUUAUCUUUCUGGCAAGGUGUUGGUUUAGCAAUUUUAGAAAAAGCCGACAUAAUAUCGCCGUAUAUUGAUGGUAGCGGUACUCGUACUUCUGCUGGUACCGUUUCAGCGGGUUAUCAAAACUUUUUGAUUUGCAUUGAGAUGUUUUGUGCGGCCAUCGCGUUGCGGUAUGCGUUUCCGCACAGGGUUUAUGUGCAAGGCUGCGUCACCGACUCCAGAGGCCGUUCCGUCACUAUGCAAAGCAUUUCCAGUAGCCUCAAAGAGACGAUGAACCCGAAAGAUAUUAUGACUGAUGCUAUUCACAAUUUCCAUCCUCAGUAUCAGCAAUAUACGCAGUACAGUUCGGGUGGUAAAAAUGGUAGAGGCAUCCGCUUGUCUCAGUACGACCCGGACGAUCCGAUGAGCCCUAGCGGAGGCACGGUGCCUCAUUCCUACAACAGCUUGGACAAUCCGCCCAAGCCUCCUCUGAGCGUCAACUCAAAAGUGUCCACCAUUUCUCAAAAUUACACAGAAAAGACCAUGUUGCUUAGCUCCGAUGAAGAAAAUUAAAUGUAAUGUCAAUAUUAUAUGCUUAUUAGACUUAGUAAAUUAUAAUGUUUAAAAAUUUAUUUAAAUAAAAACCCAAUUGAUAUUUUCACUAUUAUGUUUAUUUAUUUAUAAUAAAAUCUUAUAUUUAUAGGGUUACAAUAAAUAAUAGCAAAAGGAAAAUAUUAUUACAACUCACACAACUAUUUAGGAAUCUUUUAUUUUUUUAAUAUAAAACAACAACAAGAAUUUUCAAAGGGUCUUUUUCAAUUUUUCAUCACAGAAUUGGCUUGUUUGUAGAAAAAAAAAGGCCCUUCAAAUAUUAAUAAAUAUUUCUUUUUAAAACAGUGCAAAGAUUACAAUAUAGUGAAUAUAAGAUUGCUUAUCUUGUGCCUCGUAUAAUACGAUUUUUAAGUUGCUCCCACUAAUUUUAUACUUAGUUAAAUAUUAUAUUGCUGAAGAAUAAAAUUCUGAAACGAGUAUUUUCCAGAAGACUUAUCACAGUGGUAUCAAAAAGAGUUAGGAGGGAAUUUAAAAUCCGAUACCCGUAUAUGACUUUAAGGCCCUGAAUAGCUCUACAAACUGACUCUAUACAGCAAUUUCCUAUUGGUGUGUGUCGAAAAUUUCCUUUAGGCAAAAUCUAAAGACUUUUGUAGAGCUAUCGAGUCAAAUUAAUUAAGAAUAGAUAUAAGAAAGUAAUUGGCAGGAUGAUUUAUAGGAAAUUAAAGUUCAAAAGAUAAUAUUUUAAGCAGUUAUUUUUCAGUAAAGGUUCCCAAGUGAGGAUUAAAAAAGUUACAACAGUUUUAACAGAGAUAUAAAGUGCAUUUUCUUUUAGGGCAUCUAUACAUAGAGAAAUUGGUUAACUCGCUAUUUUAUAUCAUAUACAAUAAGAACAAAGUCACUUAAAUAGUGUUUGAGUAGAAAAUCAGUCUCAUUUACAAGCCUUUUUUCGAGCUGCUUAUAGACGAUUGGAUCGAAUCAAUCCGACAUCAUUAUACCACAGCUAAUAUUAUAAUAAUGUUUUUUUUUUUUUUUUAAAUAUUAUCCUCCUCGAUGUAUAUAUAAUAAUUUACAAAUGACUUUAUGAACAACAAAUGGACGAUUUACAUUUAAAAAUCACAUGCAAAAUAUGAUGAGAACAAGAUGAACCAACUUGUAUUUAACAAAAAAAAAAAAUAAUGAGUGAUUGUUGAGCGUUUACACAUCAAUGAUUCCUUAUUCCGAAUUACCACUCUUCAUCCCCAACUCUUUCGGCCAGGUCCGUUCCUGCAACGAAUCCCACUGUUUGUACUUCGUACCGCGGUGGUUCCCAGGUUGCUGCAACUUGCCGCUCAUGCUGGUACUUUUUCGAAUUUCCACGGUUUUCGACGGUUGCAACAAUGGCGAAGUCGCAAGCAUCGGAGAUUCGUCUCCGCUGUCGAAACUAUCGGAACCCGGACUGGCAGUACGUUCGCGUUUCUUCAAACUUUGUUCC